UUAUGUGAAAUAGCCGGCUAAAUAUAUUUAUAAACAAAAGUAAUAUAAAACAAGUUGUUUUUUCUUAAUAAAACAUGCAUACAUCUUCUUCUGAGCACCACAAACGGCUGGAAUACUGCACAACAAGAUUGCAAUACCGUCAGGGACGGGAACUAAAAGCCGUAAAGGUCUAUACAGUGGCCAGCGAAUCGCGUCAUUUGCUGAUUUUUGGUGUGCCUAAAAUAAAUCUUCAAGCUGAUCUCAAGACUAAGCUACAGGGAUUUGGAAAACUACAAUCUUGCAUUUGCAUAACUUCGGAGAUGGCUUCAAAAAUGGAGCUGGAAGCCUUUACGGACGUGUUUGCCGUAAAAUUCGAACGCCUGGAGGUGGCCAGAAGAGCAAAGAGGAUGCUCGACGCUCAUCAGUUUUUUGGGGGCAUUUUACACAUAUCCUACGCUCCAGAACGGGAACCUCUGGAAGAACUUAGAGAGAAAAUGCUGCAGCGCAAACACGAAGUGCACCUUCGCAUUCGGAGAAAUCAAAAGGACGAACCUCCCGCGGCAAAAAAGAACCGAGAAGUCAGAUGA